AUGAAUGGGCAAGGCCUAGAUUCUGAUGCAGAGGAUAUGAAGGAAUCGAGGAUAUCAUUGGAAACUAGCGAUUCAAGAAACCCCGAAUCGCAAGCCGCAGAAUCGAACAAGACAUCGCUGUUUGGACAGAUGAAACCCAAGAGAACAUCGGUGGCAUGCAUCAGAUGUAGAACACGUCACAUCAGAUGUCCUGGGGGAGAUCCCUGUAAAAAAUGUCUUUUAGCCAAGAGCAAAUGUGAAUAUGUGGAAGCAGAUAAGAAGAUUGUGGUAUCUAUGAAAUAUCUAUCAAAGUUGCAUGAUGACAUAGCUAGGUUAAAGAAGGAUAAUGCCAUGUUGAGAAACAAUCUCAAGGAAGAGGAAAUUAGGAGUACCAAAAAUGGACAGGACAUACCUAGCACUCCGUAUCAGGCAAACUUAUAUCAGCUGCAUAGUCCACAACCGUUAGCAACUUUUGAUGAUCCGAAUAAUCUGGCAACGAUACCUACUUCGCAGUAUUCUUCGUUCAGCAAUGAAGUAAUACAGCCAACACUCGAUAAACAUGGGCGUAUAAUAGAGUCUAGAACAGGCGAGAAGGUGUAUGUUGGUUCUUCUUCAAUGACGUUAUUUGGGUUGGAAAUUCAGAAUAUGAUUCCGUCUAAUGUAACACCAACAUUGUUUGACGAGCCCAGUGACACUCCAUUGAAUAAUUCUCCAGGAGGAGGAACCUUGGAUACGCCGAGUGUUGCGUCUGAUAAUGGCCACCGGACUAAUAAAAGGCGAACGGAGAUUCUUGAAAAAGAAGGCAACGCCUAUAAGAUCAUUCUAGCAAAAACUAAUACUCGUCCGGGCUUAUCGAUUGAUUUGACAUUACCUUCAUAUUCAUAUGCCAUGUUAUUGGUGGAUACAUUUGUUAACUAUAAUGAUGGCUGUUUCUAUUUUUUUAAUGAAGGGUUGGUGAAGAGAUACUUGAUGAACCUAUACUCAGGAAAGACUGCUGAAAAUAAGAUGAUAAUGAAGAGAAACCUUUCUCAUGCGAGCACUUUCCCAUUGGAUGAGAAUGAAGCUAAGAAAAUCGAUGAAGAGGAUACUAUUCUUGAAACCAUAUGGUUCUGCAAAGUAUUAUUAAUUUUUGCGACUGGUGAAAUGUAUUUGGGUACCGAGUCAGACACUCAUAUAAAGACACAUAAAGAACAGACUGCAAGUAAUAUAAUAAAGAGGCCUAGAAAUAAAAGGAAGGACAGUGAGAGCGAUGAAGUGAAAGCAGAUACGAAGACUAAUUCGUUGCCUGGUUCUAAAUUCUUUCAUCAGGCUUCUGAAUUAUUCACUGGCUUGUUUGCAUCUGGAGCGAUUGACAAUGUGAGGAAAGAUGGAGGUGUAGAAGCGAUGCUAUUGUACGCAUUUUAUUUACAAGUAGCAGAUUGCACUGUUUCGUCAUAUUUCUAUUUCGGUAUGGCAUUGAGGGCGGCUUUAAUUUUAGGGUGGCAUGUUGAUGCUGACAAGGAAAAUUUAAACAGGUUUGAGUUGGAACAUAGAAGAAGAAUAUGGUGGACCGUAUAUAUGUAUGAAAGAAUGCUUUCAUCAAAAGCUGGAUUGCCACUUAGUUUCGCCGAUGCCAGUGUAUCCACUGAACUACCAUCAGACUUUGAUAUGCGUCUAGAUGAUUUCCCGAAGGAUGAGAAUGAUGUUAGAGGAUAUUACAUAUUUCCACCAAAUGAAUACAUCAAGAACUGUGUAACAAUUACUCAAAUUAAUGCUAUAAUUUUAUCCGCAUUAUAUACUAAACAACCAACUGUUAACAUUUUGCCAGUUGUGUCCGAUUUAGUGCAUAAAUUAUUAAGCUGGAAGAAUUCGCUUCCCGAUUUCUUGAAAGUGGACUUCUCAGCCGAUAAUAUGCAUGUUUCCAGACUCGUAGUUAACCUCAUGACAGAAUAUUUCCAAGGUAUGAAUCUUGCUGUUCGUCCACUAUUGUUUCAUUUUGCUACGAAGAAGUUGAAAGAACUCCAAUUCCAGAAUAAUAGCAGCAAGUACGUUGAUUUGACUAAGUAUUCAAAAAAUGUUCUAAGCUUGUUGAAUAGUUCAUUCCAAGCAUCAAUAAGUACAGUUAAAUGCAUAUGGUCACUAUUACCUGAAAAUAUGGUUGCAUUGUUUGGAUGGAUGGACAGAGAAUACUUGUUUACUUCUGCCUCUACAUUGAUUUUAUUUAAUGCAUCUUUUGGUGUUCACGAUGCGACGAAGGAACAUUUAGACCAUGCCCUUAUAAUAUUCACAAGAAUGAAAGAUUUAGGGAAUUAUCCAGCUGCCUUAAGGAGAGCUCAAUUAUUGAAGUUAAUUAGUGUUUUAGAUUUUAAUGGUGUUAUGUCUGAUUUAUUGGCCAAGCAUGACAUUGAUGACCUUUAUAAUGAAACCUCAAUGGACUCUAAUAUGCCAAGUAAUAUGCCUUCUGGUGAUACAUUUGAGACAGUAAAGGGAUUUAGGAACGUUGGUGACAUGACAGCCACGCCUGCGGACUUGGGUCAAGAGAACUUAAAAUUAGGCAGCGAGGUGAACCUAGAAUCAAAGGCGAAUAAUUCAGAUUUCGAUUUCCUACAAUUUACAAGCUCACUUCCAGCGAAUGUGGCAAAUCAAACAAAUUCUAUGGCUACGGCAUCAUCAGAUGAUACACUAGGCAUUAAUUUACAGAUGCCAUCGGGUAUGGGUGGCACAGGUGAUAUAUAUAAUAACUCAGAUUUAGCUGGUAUUGAAGGUUUAACGUAUUUGGAUGAGGAACAACAAUUAUGGAAUGAAAUCACUAAUGAGGCUGUUUGGUUAAAUGUACCAAAUACAAGUAAUCAACUGAACAGCGACUUAGCUAAUAAAGGCAAUGGUCAACCAAGUAGCAUGGAAUUUAAUGGUCCACUUCAUGGGUUUGAUUCAACUUCCAAAUUGUUUGGGAGCCUGUCAGCAGCUAACUUUUCAAAUUUAUCUGGAGGAUAUACUGAUAUAGUGAACCAAGAAUUUCAAGAUAUAAUGGAUGAAUGA